CGCAAUCCUGUGUCCAUGGCAUUAAACGCGGCCCCUGGGUCCCUUCCGCGCCGCCUCUGUCCCUUCUCGCGGCUGCUGGGCCGGGGCCUUCCCCGGGAGCCGCGGGGCUCGGGACGCCGCGCUUCCGUCGGGGCGGGGCGGGGCUACAAGAAGCUCCUCCUCCCCAUGUGCUGCGCAUGCGCAGGGCGCGAGUUCCGGUCCGAGCGCUGCCGGCUCGUGUCCCCGGGUCCCGCCGCGAUGCUUUUCUACUCCUUCUUCAAGUCCCUGGUGGGCAAAGAUGUGGUGGUGGAGCUGAAAAACGACCUCAGCAUUUGUGGGACACUCCACUCCGUAGACCAGUACCUGAACAUCAAGCUGACAGACAUCAGUGUGACAGACCCUGAGAAGUACCCACACAUGCUGUCAGUGAAGAACUGCUUCAUCCGGGGCUCAGUGGUCCGGUACGUGCAGCUGCCAGCCGACGAGGUGGACACACAGCUGCUGCAGGAUGCCGCGCGCAAGGAGGCGCUCCAGCAGAAGCAGUGACCUGCCCCCCCCGGAUGCCUGGGUUCCUGCCUCAGACCUGAGCAGAGCUGGAGCCCACGUCCAGACCUCCCCACACCCCUGUGUUCCUGUCCUGCCCCCCCCCCCCCCCCCCCCCCCCCCCACACCUGGGCUAAUAGCUCAGAGGUGCCUGGCUCCUGCACUGUCUUGAGCAGCGCUGGAGCCUACAUCUAGAUCCCCAGACACCUGGGUUCGUGCCCUUCCGCACACCUGGAUCCCUGUCCUAGUCUUGAGCAGCGCUGGAGCCAACAUCUACCUCCCCGGACACCUGGGUUCCUGCUCCGGUCCUGAGCAGAACUGGAGCCAUAUCUAGGUCCCUGGGUGCCUGGGUUCUUCCCCCCUGCAACUACUGGGGGGGUUCCUCUUACGGGACCCCAUCCCUUUUUUUCACCACACUCCUGAAGGCCCCUAUUUUAGCCUGAUCUUUUGUUGCACUGAGUUUUCUACCCCUCCUUUUGGUUCUUUUAAGGCAGGGUAUCUAGUCUCCCUGCCCCCUAUGGGAUAGAGUCGAGGGUCCUGGAGGGGGAGGGGGUUCCAGCACCUGGGGGGCAAAUAAUCACAUGGGGGCAUCUUUGGGGCCUUGUCUGUGCAUAGACUUGGCAGUGGGGUAUUAAAUUUGGGUGUCUUCAACCUUUGAUUUGUAUCAAGGCUUGUCUGGGUCUAUGGGGCGGGGAGGGGGGUACUGGCCAUGGUCCUGGACAUCUGGGUUCCUGGAGCUCCCCCAGGGCCUCGCAGCUAGGAGGGACUGGAAUGGGGGGGGGCUCUAGGCUCUAAGCUAUGAAGCUGAAAAAGGGGUGGUGGUUACAAUGGACUAGUCUAUCUGACUUGCAGGGGGAGUGGAAUGGACUAGUUUAUGUAGAAUGGUCUAGUCUACUUUAGAUGGUUGGGGGGAGGGUAGAGUGGACUGGUCCACCUGGCUUGGAUUGUAGGGGGUGGACUGGACUAGUUCUAGCUUGGCCUGCAGGGCCUACGGUGGACUAGUCCAUUUGGCUUCUGGGGUAGAAGGGUUCUAAUCUAGUUUAGACUACAAGGGCGUAAAGUGGACUAAUCCAUUUAGCUUUGUAGGGGUUAGAAUGGACUAAUUCAAAUAGUUAGGAUUGCAUGGGGGUUUGGAAUAGACUAGUCCAUCUAGCUUGGCAGGCAGGGGGUAGAAUGGACUACUCCAUUUAGCUUUGUAGGGGGGUAGAAAGGACUAGUCCAACCGGCUUGGACUGCAGGGGGGAGUGGAGUAGCUCAUUUGCCUUGGUUUGUAGGGGGAAGCGUAGGUUGAUCUAUCUUGCUUGAAGGGGGGGGAAAUGGUGUUUAGACUGCUCCAUUAGGCCUACCUCCUAGGGGGAGGAGUUCAGCCGGACUGAUCCACCCGGAAGAGACUGGCGAGGGGGAACUUGGGGGUUUCUCCCCCCACCCCCCUGCCCCACAGCAGCCAGCCCUAGGGCCUGUUUAGCCUCAUCAAGAAUCCCCUGUGCCACACUGGGCUGCCUGGGGGUGGGAAUGGACCAGCCCAUCUGGCCUGGUCCAUUCCCCAAGCUGGGGUGAGGGGUGUCUCCAUCCCACCAGGGCUGGUGGUGGUCCCCUCUGCUCUGGUUUUAUGCUCCCACAUCUCAAUAAAAGUGUUUUGUAGCA